UCUGACUGCUUUUACCGCAGGGAUGCGGGCAGGAUGCAGGCAUGACGUGGAGGAGAAAGAGGAAGAGUACCAGCAGGGAGGGGGCCAGUGGCUGUCCUGCUGUGGUGACGCAGUGGGGCCAGCCCUGUCUGUGCCACUUGCACAGACUCAGCUUGCACAGAGGCAACUCUGCCGAGAUGUCCCAGCCUUCGCCCAUCUCUGCUGCUGCCUGCAUCACCCUCCUUCUCAGCUGUGCUUGGCUCGGCUCGGCCACCCAAUUCUCUCCGAUGCAUGGCAAAGGGCGAGUCUUGAUCCCUCUCACUCCCCAAGAAGAAGCCACGUGCCCCAGUGCCUCUGUGGAGGCUUUUCUCAACAGCACCCUCACCACUCGUCUUCUCCCUGCCCUCUACUCUGUCAUCCUGCUCGUGGGGCUGCCAGCCAAUGCUCUGGCCUGCUGGGUCCUGGUGACCAACUUCAGGAGAUGUUCCAGCACCCUCUUCCUGCUCAACCUGGCCAGUGCUGACCUGCUCUUUGUCCUCCUGCUGCCCUUCAAGAUCUCCUAUCACUUCUUGGGCAAUCACUGGCUCUUUGGGGAGUACCUGUGCCGCAUCAUGGUGGCCUUCUUCUAUGGGAACAUGUACAGCUCCAUCCUCUUCUUCACCUGCAUCGGCCUGGAGCGUUACAUAUCUGUGGUGCACCCGUUCCUGUGGAAGGGCUCCACUUGGACACUGUGCAAGGCAGGCAUCUGUGUGGGCAUCUGGCUGGUGGUGGGGCUGGGCAUGAGCCCUCUCCUUUUUCACCCCCAGACAAGUCAUAUCUCAAGCCUGAACAUCACAACAUGCCAUGAUGUCCUAGGGAAGAAUGAGCACAUGUUCCUUGUCUACUAUUUCCUCUCCCUGGUGGGGCUGGGCUUUGGCUUGCCCUUUGUGCUCAUGAUCAUCUCCUACAGCUGCAUCCUGGUGCGGCUGCUGGCCAAGGGGAGGCGCUAUAGGCAGGUGGUGCGGAUCCUGGCCCUGGUCCUCCUGGUCUUCAUCGUCUGCUUCACUCCCAGCAACGUGCUGCUCUUCAUCCACUACAUGAUGGAAGCCACAGGGUGCAACAACAUCACCUACAUUUUGUACACCCUGGCCCUGGUGUUUGGUGCCUUCAACAACUGCUUCGAUCCCUUCAUCUACUUCUACGUCUCCCAGGAUUUUCGGGACUGGGUCCGGGGUGCAGGCAUCUGCUGCCUGGGGAGGCUUGAGACCUCAGUGGAGAGGGCAUCAGGGAAGGCAGCCUUGCCCCUGAGGUCCAGUGAGCAGAGCCAGCUGUAGCCAGGGUUAGCGGGCACUGGGCUGUGUCCCCCUGCCCUGGGAACAGAGGAUCCUGCAACUUCGUGCCCAAUACGAAGGGCUGAGCCACCCCAAGCUGGUAACAGACUUGGAGAGAAAAUCCCACCCUGAAUUUGAGGUUCAGCUAGGAUUUUGCACUAGUUUUGCAGUUCCUCUGAUGCUGUCAAUGCUGCCUCCGUUUCAUGGGUCCUCCAGCUGGAUGCUUGGCCCUGGCACCCCCAUGUCCCUGCCUGCCAGAAUCUGGUAUCCCUCACUGCUCCUCCAGCAGAGAUCAGACCUUCCAGAGUACAAAUAAA